UCUGAUUGUUUGUGGUUAUGCUUAUUUCACAGAAAGUAGAAAGUGGAGACAUUUCUGAAUUUUUGUUGUUUUCCGUGACUCAUAUAAAAAUGUCAUCCCUGGAUUCAGGGACGCUACUUUCUCCAGAGCCUAAAAAGAUUAAAUUGGAUACAUCUGAACAAAGUCCACAAAUUGUAGGAACUGUUCAUGGAAGUAUCACUAAUUUGUCUAGUUUUCAUUUAAAAAAUGUUCUUUUAAACAACACAAUCCGAAAAACUAUUUGUCUUAGAGGUUCCUUUGAAGGCAAAGAAGGGGAGGCUGUUGUUAUUUUAGAAAAGACAGCUUUUUCUGAAGAGCAUUUUAAAGACGGUCGUGAUUAUUUCACAGAUGAAAGCAGCUUGAAAGAGUCGUUCCAAAAUGAUAUUUAUGGAGAAUACAAGUAUUUUCCAGCACCUGAGUUAAGUUCAUUCAAAACCACAAUCAUACAUCCUGCUACAGAGAAACAUAUUCUCAAAUAUUCUGCACAAAAAAGCUAUUUAGUGGAUGAAACUCCAAAAAUUUAUUCUGAUAUUAUUUUACCUGGUUUGGUGGGUGAAGCUUCUCAUUUGCAGUGGGUUUACAAUAUUUUGGAGCAUAAAUCUGAAGUGGAUAGGAUAUACUUUGAAGAUGUAGAUCCUGAAAAUGGAUUUGUAUUAGUGCCAGAUCUGAAGUGGAAUGGUGAAGAUAUUGAUACUUUGUAUUUGUUGGCGAUAGUGAACAAGAGAAGCAUCAAGUCAUUACGAGAUUUGACAUCAGAUCAUUUGUCUCUACUUAGAAACGUUAGAGAUAAAGGAAUUGAGGCAAUCAAAUCUAAACACUCCUUGGACAGCUCCCAACUUAGGAUAUAUCUCCACUACCAUCCAUCUUUUUACCACUUGCACAUCCAUUUUUGUUACCUGCGACACGAGGCCCCUGGAUUACUAGCUGAAAGGGCGCAUAUGCUUUCAACUGUCAUUAAUAACAUCGAACUGCUUCCAGACUACUACCAAAAAGCAACAAUCCCUUUCGUCGUUAGAGAAAACGAUAAAUUGUUCAAGAAGUUGUUGGCAGAAGGUGUUUUGAAAGAGUGUUAAAAUGUCUUCUGCAAGUGGAAUCUUUCAAACCAUCAUAUUAGAAUUAAGGCCACGUCUUCAGAGUGUCAAUGCAUUUGUUUCCUUGUCUAAGGAACCUGAAUCUGUUGAGGUUGUUCUCGGAAAGGAAUCCAUCAGGGUGAUCACGGACAAAGGUCUGGAUGAGAUCCCUUGUGGAGACAUCAAUGCUGUCCAAUGCAGCCUGUCGGGUAUGAAAAUUUGUGAUAAGUUUUUGACAUUCCGAUUUGCCACAAAUAAUCCUCUAGAAAUUGGGGGAUUCAAAACUGAGCUAUUGCAAAAUACGGUAGCCAGCAUAGAGUCUCUGAGCAACAAACCCCUGCUUUCCAAUAACACAGCGUACACAAUCCAGUGCCUCAACUGCGGAAAGAGUUUGACAGACUCUGUUAAGUUUGACCGUGUUUUACCGCUACCUUCUGAGAAUUCUGACGCCAGUGAUUGGUUUUGUCACGGCCAUGGCAAUCAGAUGAAUGGGUUCAGCUUGAACCCAAAGAAAACUGAUUGUUUCUACUCCCAGUGCUUUGUGCAUAUCCAUUCGGAAAGUGUGGCGAACGUCAAAUGUUCAGGGAAGCUUGCCGUGUGCAGGUUUUGUUUGCAAUGGUUGGGAAUCCAACAGAAUCCCACCACCAUCAGACUGUGGUUCAAUACGGUAAAAUUUGUUGGUAGCAACAGUUGCGUUUCUACAUCAAGCCUUCAGGAUGCUUUCAAAACUAUCAGAAACUCAUUCAAGUACUCAGUCCACAGCACUGUUCGUGUGAUAUUAACCUGCCAGACUUCCUCUUCUCAAGUAGAUGCUGUUUUGAUAUGGAUUCUCGAGAAGAACCUUCAGAUUUUGUUCAAUGGUUCCGGUUCAGUGAAAAAGCAUGAGGUCGCUAAGGUUUUAUUUAAAUUAGCCGGAAGUGACGAGCCAACUCUCAAGAUGUGGCAGGACGAUGCUAUGGUUAGUUCAUUCAGCGUGUCGAAAAUCAUGAUGGUGGAUCUGCUGAAGCACUUGCAUAAGUUCAAUAAGAUGUUUCCAUCUGAGUAUUCCAAGUCGAACGAGUUCAAGAUAUCGUAUCUGCUACUUUAUGACUGACACUAAAUAAAUAAGUUUUUCUUAUA